AUGAAUUAUAUAAAUAAUAAUAGUUUUAAAAAUAGUAUUGAUAAUAAUAAUAAUAAUAAUAAUAAUAAUAAUAAUAUAAAUUUUUUAAAUGGAAUUAAUAAUAAAACAAAUAAUAUAAUAUCAACACUUGAAAAUGUAAAUAGUUUAAAUAAUGUUAAAGAAAUAAAUUCUAAUAAUGUUGGAAGUAGUAGUUUAUUAUCAUUAUCAAAAGAAUCACCAAUCCUUUUAAUUAUACAUUCUGCUAUGUCACCAUUAUCUUCUUCUUCUUCAUCAUCAUCAUCAUCAACAACAAUUUCACCAUCCUCAUCACCAUCCUCCUCUGCAAAUACAACACCAUCAUCAUCUUUAUCACCUUCAUUUAAUUCACAAUUACCAUUUCAAUUAGAUAAUUAUCAAUUACAAAAUGAAGAUAGUUUAUCAAAAAAUAAUACUACUAAUAAUAAUAGUAUUAAUAAUAAUAAUAAUAAUUACUAUCAUCAACCACAACAACAAUUUUAUGAUCAACAUAAUGCACCACAAAUGGUUCCCUCAUUAAAUAAUUCAUCAAAUGGUUUUUUAAUUCAACCAUCUUCACCAUUCUCUGGCUUUAAUGGUAACAAUAAUAAUAAUAGUAUUAUUCCAAAAAAGAAAAAUCCAUCGGAAUUAGUAACAUCGAGAAGUCUCCUAUGUAAAACUCCUGAUUGUAUAGUCUGUGAAAAUGGUCCUCCUCCAUGUUUAGAAAAAGGACAAGUACCAAUUUGGGCACAAAUUUUACAUGUAGCUUUAUUUGCAUUAACAGAGUCAUCAAAAAUUUCGCAAAGUAAAUUCCCAAAUACAGUGACUGAUAAAUGUAAUACCCAUUUUCCAAAUGGUAAACGUUAUUUCCAUUUAAGAGAUGAUAUUUAUGAAUUUAUUAGUGUUCAUUGGGAUGUAAUUUGUAAGAGAGAAAGAAUUCAAAAUUGGAAGCACACUAUUGGCAUGACUUUAUCUCAUUAUCAAAAUUUAUUUCAAAAUGGUUAUCCCAUCUUUCAAAAUACUGGUUAUUGGUGCUUAAAAGAUGAUGCUCUUAAUCCAUAUACUUCUGAUUUUAUGGAUAAUUCAAGAAAAAGAAAAUAUUCAACAAAAAAUAGUAAACAAAAAUUAGCUCAACAACAAGCCCAACAACAACAACAACAAGCCCAACAACAACAACAACAACAACAACAAGCUCAACAACAAAUUCAACAAAAACAGCAACAACAAUCGCAACAAGCUCAACCAACACAAAUGUAUAAUAGUUGUAAUAAUAGUAAUAAUAGUUAUAACUAUGGCAAUAAUAAUAAUAAUAAUAAUAAUAAUAAUAAUAAUAAUAAUAAUAAUAAUAAUAAUAAUAAUAAUAAUAAUAAUAAUAAUAGCUAUACCAAUAAUAGUAAUAACUACAAUAAUAACAAUAAUAAAAAUAAUAAUAAUAAUAACACUGUAAACUAUCCUUGUAAUUCUAGUCCUCCUGUAUUAAUUAAAAAAACUACGAUUGGAUUUGGAAAUAUUGGAUCAUCAAACAUUUUAAACGAUUUUGAUGAGAAUGAUAAUGAUAGUGAGUUUGGAUUAUUCCAACAAAGAAAUAAAAAAUUAAAUACUUCAAUGUCAAGUUUUAAUAUUUAUAGAAAAAGUAACAACAACAACAACAAUAACAACAAUAACAACAAUAACAGUAAUAACAACAACAAUAAUAAUAAUAGUAAUAUUAGUAAUAUUAGUAGUAGUAGUAGCAAUACUGAUGAAUCAAGAUUAAGUAUUGGUGGUUUAUUAUCUUCUGAUGAUGAUGAAUAUGUUAGUUAUAAUAAUAAUAGUAAUAACAAUAAUAGUUAUGUUUACAAAAAUUUAACAAAAGAUAUUCAUGAUUGCAAGAAUGAUGUUAAAGAAUUACAAUGUGAAAUUUCAUCUUUACAAAAUGGUUUCAUUCCAUAUAAUAAUAAUAAUAGUAAUAUUAAUAAUAAUAAUAAUAAUAACAAUAAUAAUAAUAACAAUGGUAAUUCAAACAAUAUUAUUUCAAUUGCAUCAUUAUCCUCAUCAUCACCAUCAUCUUCAUCAAAAUACUAUUAA